UUCGUUUUGCAGCAGUUUCCCGCGCAUUUUUGCACGCGUCGUCACAACAGAGUCGGUAGUGCAAAAAAACAGAUUGUAUACAAACGCCAAGGACAACAGACGCACGACAUGGACAAUCCCAGUUCACCGCCACCAAAUACGCCCAGCGAUGCCGUCGAGCGCCGCGAAAUCCGAGCUGCGAUGACAUCGCCAGUUGGCGAUUUCGAGCCGUUUGAGAACGAGGACGAGAUUUUGGGAGACCAGACAGUGCGCGAUGAGGCCGAGGAGGAGGAUGGCGAGGAGCUGUUUGGGGACAACAUGGAAAACGACUAUCGUCCCAUGCCGGAGCUGGAUCACUACGAUCCUGCAAUGCUGGAUGAUGAGGAUGACUUCUCGGAAAUGUCCCAGGGCGAUCGCUUUGCCGCUGAAUCAGAGAUGCGGCGACGCGAUCGCGCAGCCGGAAUCCACCGCGAUGAUCGUGAUCUGGGAUUCGGCCAAUCUGAUGAUGAGGACGAUGUCGGACCCCGGGCCAAGAGACGUGCCGGUGAGAAGGCAGCUGUUGGCGAGGUUGAGGACACCGAAAUGGUGGAGUCCAUAGAAAAUCUGGAGGAUACUAAGGGGCACUCUACUAAGGAGUGGGUCAGCAUGUUAGGACCCCGUACAGAGAUUGCCAAUCGCUUUCAGUCUUUCCUUAGAACUUUUGUUGACGAAAGAGGCGCCUAUACUUAUCGUGAUCGCAUUCGGCGAAUGUGCGAGCAGAAUAUGUCUUCAUUUGUUGUUUCCUACACUGAUCUGGCAAACAAGGAACACGUAUUGGCUUACUUCCUGCCCGAAGCUCCCUUUCAAAUGCUUGAGAUAUUCGACAAGGUGGCGAAGGACAUGGUGCUCUCAAUUUUUCCGACGUAUGAGCGUGUAACGACAGAGAUCCAUGUGCGCAUCUCUGAACUGCCGCUUAUCGAGGAGUUGCGGACAUUUAGGAAACUGCAUCUAAAUCAGUUGGUUCGCACAUUGGGUGUGGUCACCGCCACCACUGGUGUCCUUCCCCAGCUAUCCGUGAUCAAAUACGAUUGCGUGAAGUGCGGCUAUGUGUUGGGUCCCUUUGUCCAGUCGCAGAACACGGAGAUUAAGCCAGGUUCCUGCCCAGAGUGUCAGAGCGUUGGUCCAUUUUCGAUCAAUAUGGAGCAAACUCUGUACCGAAACUACCAGAAGAUUACGCUGCAAGAGUCACCGGGCAGGAUCCCAGCUGGACGUAUUCCUCGCAGCAAGGACGUCAUUCUGCUCGCUGAUUUAUGCGAUCAAUGCAAGCCAGGAGAUGAACUUGAGGUUACUGGUAUAUACACAAACAACUACGAUGGUUCCUUAAAUACAGAUCAAGGAUUCCCUGUUUUCGCUACUGUGAUUAUUGCCAAUCAUGUACUUGUGAAAGACUCUAAGCAGGUUGUGCAGUCGCUUACGGACGAGGAUAUAGCCACUAUUCAGAAGUUAAGCAAAGAUCCUCGCAUCGUAGAGCGUGUAGUGGCCUCCAUGGCACCUUCCAUAUACGGACAUGAUUACAUCAAACGCGCUUUGGCUUUGGCUCUCUUCGGAGGCGAGUCCAAGAAUCCCGGAGAGAAACACAAGGUCAGAGGCGACAUCAACCUACUUAUUUGCGGAGAUCCUGGUACGGCCAAGUCGCAAUUCCUUAAGUACACAGAGAAGGUUGCUCCCCGAGCAGUUUUUACCACUGGUCAAGGAGCUAGUGCCGUGGGUCUCACGGCCUAUGUUCGUCGGAAUCCUGUUUCCCGGGAAUGGACACUGGAGGCGGGUGCUUUAGUACUGGCUGAUCAGGGAGUUUGUCUCAUCGAUGAGUUCGACAAGAUGAACGACCAGGACCGUACGUCAAUACACGAGGCGAUGGAGCAGCAGUCAAUCUCCAUUUCCAAGGCUGGUAUUGUCACCUCGCUUCAGGCCCGUUGCACCGUAAUAGCAGCUGCAAAUCCCAUUGGCGGACGUUAUGAUCCUUCAAUGACUUUCUCGGAGAACGUUAAUCUCUCGGAGCCUAUCCUGUCCCGUUUCGAUGUCCUGUGCGUCGUAAAAGACGAAUUUGAUCCAAUGCAAGAUCAACAGCUGGCUAAAUUCGUGGUGCACUCGCACAUGAAGCACCAUCCUAGCGAGGAGGAACAGCCAGAAUUAGAGGAACCCCAGUUAAGGACUGUGGAUGAGAUUCCGCAGGAUCUGUUGCGACAGUACAUAGUCUACGCUAAGGAGAACAUUCGUCCCAAGUUAACGAAUAUUGACGAGGACAAGAUCGCCAAGAUGUACGCUCAGUUGCGCCAGGAGUCUUUUGCCACCGGAUCGCUGCCUAUUACGGUACGUCAUAUUGAGAGCGUAAUCCGUAUGUCUGAGGCUCACGCUCGCAUGCAUUUGCGAGAAAACGUGAUGGAGGCAGAUGUGAGCAUGGCCAUACGCAUGAUGUUAGAGAGUUUCAUCGAGGCACAGAAGUUCAGCGUCAUGAAGAAGAUGCGCAGCACAUUCCAAAAGUAUCUGGCCUUCCAAAAGGACCACUCAGAGCUGCUCUUCUUUAUUCUGCGUCAGCUAACGCUGGAUCAGCUAGCAUACAUUCGCUGCAAGGACGGACCCGGCGCCACACAUGUGGAGAUUAUGGAGCGAGAUUUGAUCGAGCGGGCUAAACAGCUAGACAUUGUCAAUCUAAAACCCUUCUAUGAAUCGGAUCUGUUCCGUACUAAUGGAUUCUCUUACGAUCCUAAGCGUCGCAUCAUUCUCCAAAUUGUUGUUGACGGCAACACAGCUUAAGUUUCAGUUUUAUUCCAUCUCAUUUAGUUAUAGUAUUAACGUCGAUGUUUUGUUACCCUCAUUAUCGCUUCAAUAAAGUUUGAUAUACUUAUGUAUUUAUACAAAAAUCAAA